AUGCCUGCUUCUAAACCGGAUACAACGCCAGCUACUACACCUGGACCAACAUCAGCUACAACACCUGGAACAACACCAGAUACAACACCGGGAAAAACAUUCGGUUCAACACCUCAAACACCACCUCAAACAACACCGGGAACUUCAUCGGCUACAGCACCGGGUACAUCGCCAGCUUCUAAACCUGGAACAACAUCAGCUACAACACCUGGAACAUCACCAGGUACAAAACCGGGAACAACAUUCGGUACGACACCUCAAACAACACCUGGAACAACAUCAGCUACAACACUUGGAACAACAUCAGAUACAAAUCUGGGAAUAACAUUCGGUUCAACACCUCAAAGACCACCUCAAACAACACCAGGAACUUCAACAGCUACAGCACCGGGUACAACGCCAGCUUCUACACCAGGAACAACAUCAGCUACAACACCUGGAACAACACCAGGUACAAAUCUGGGAACAACAUACGGUUCAACACCUCAAAGACCACCUCAAACAACACCAGGAACUUCAACAGCUACAGCACCGGGUACAACGCCAGCUUCUACACCUGAAACAACAUCAGCUACAACACCUGGAACAACACCAGGUACAAAACCGGGAACAACAUUCGGUACAACACAUCAAACAACACCGGGAACUUCAACAGCUAUAACACAGGGUACAACGCCAGCUUCUACACCAGGAACAACAUCAGCUACAACACCUGGAACAACACCAGGUACAAAUCUGGGAACAACAUACGGUUCAACACCUCAAAGACCACCUCAAACAACACCAGGAACUUCAACAGCUACAGCACCGGGUACAACGCCAGCUUCUACACCUGAAACAACAUCAGCUACAACACCUGGAACAACACCAGGUACAAAACCGGGAACAACAUUCGGUACAACACAUCAAACAACACCGGGAACUUCAACAGCUAUAACACAGGGUACAACGCCCGCUUCUACACCUGGAACAACAUCAGCUACAACUCCUGGAACCACACCAGGUACAAAACCGGUAACAACAUUCGGUACAACACCUCAAACAACACCGGGAACUUCAACAGCUACAACACCAGAUACAACACCGGGAACAACAUUCGGUACAACAUCUCAAACACCACCUCAAACAACACCGGGAACUUCAACAGCUACAACACCGGGUACAAAACCGGGAACAACAUUCGGUACAACACAUCAAACAACACCGGGAACUUCAACAGCUACAACACCGGGUACAACGCCAGCUUCUACACCUGGAACAACAUCAGCUACAACUCCUAGAACCACCCCAGGUACAACACCUGGAACAACAUCAGCUACAACUCCUGGAACAACAUCAAGUACAAAACAGGGAACAACAUUCGGUACAACAUCUCAAACACCACCGGGAACAACCCCAGGUACAGCACCGGAAACAACUCCAGGGACAGAUAAUGAUCCGUCUGACAUACAGUCUGGCAUCACAACUAUCGAUGGAUACAUAAACUACGGGCCUGAUGAUGUCUAUAUAGAUACCAAUGAGAUGUGGUUGGCUGUCAUAGGAGGAAAUGGUUACUCCAGGAUCCGAAUGGACGUUGAGAUCAUUUCAAUUGACCUAUCAACCUCAUUUGUCUGUUCAAACUCUAACAUGAGCGUGUCACCGACUGCCCUCUGCGAUGGACUUUACCAAUGCGAUCAUUACGAGGAUGAGUUAACAUGCAGGACAGGUAACGAUCCAUCUGACAUACAGUCUGUCAUCACAACUAUCCACGGAUACAUAAACUACGAGCCUGAUGAUGUCUAUGUAGAUACCAAUGAGAUGUGGUUUACUGUCAUAGGAGCAAAUGGUAACACCGGGCUCCGAAUGGACGUUGAGAUCAUUUCCAUUGACCUGUCAACCUUAUUUGCCUGUUCAAGCUCUAACAUGAGCGUGUCACCGACUGUCCUUUGCGAUGGACUUUACCACUGCGAUCAUUACGAGGAUGAAUUAGCGUGCAGAUAA